UCCAGCUCAGCGUCCAAUCGCCAGCCCGCCCCAGGCUUUCCGUUUCCGGCAGCACAGGCCUGUGGGACUUGAACCUGUUGUGAAGCCGGUUAGUCCUGGGCCGGCGGGUUCCCUCAAGGUGGCUAUGAUUGUGUCUCUAGCCCCCGCCUGUCCUGCAGUCUGUCUGCAGGUCCGCAGCAGAAACGCGCAGCUUGAGUCAGUCGCGGAGCACCCACUUCCAGUGUCUCGGAUUGCAGAGUGGGAUACAAGACGCCGCCACCUUUCUUUCCGUGGGAACCUUGGGAAGUUAGCAGAGGGCCUUCAGGAGUUGGCUCUCUCUUCUGACUCCGGCCUCAGAAGGACUGCUGACCUUUUGCCAGGAAAAUCAGAUUAUCACAGGAGCUGUUCUUGGUCGGUUACCUUUUGCAGAAGGAAUGGCACAGAUUCUUUUUCUCUCCUCCCCACUCCAACCCAGUUCCAGAGGGUCUGGAUCCAGCAGGUCUGUGUGAACUGGAGAAAGUCUGACCUCCCUGCCUGGGAAAAGGCAAUGCUGGAAUUUGCACUUGCUAUUUCCCGAGUUGAUGACAUAACAGAUGACCAUUUCAAAAAGCUCGAGGUGCACAGAUUCAACCAAGAAGAUGCCUGGGAUAUAGCUGCAAUUUCAGCUUUUUAUGCCAUGUCCAACUGCCUUGCUCAUUUUGUCAGUCUUGUUCCCAACAAAGAAUUCUAUUUGAUGGGCAGAACCAAUGAUGUCAAAGACAUCAGGAGUGAACCUGCUGCUCCCAAAGUAUAAAUGUCUGAACAGAAAGGCCAGUGUUUACAUUUCCAGCACAUUGCAUUAUAAGACACCAGUUGGGAAGUAAUUUUUUUAAAUGUUUAGUCAAUGGAUAGGGAAGAAAGUAAAUAAAUUUGUUCCCUGCCUGCUUGAUGAGAUAGAUCCUAAGGGACAUGUGAUAUCUGGGCCUCGGGGAAACCUUUUACUUUUUUACUUUUGUUGUGAUGUGAAAGGAGCAUCAGGGACAAAGGAGUUCAGAGGAUGCUUUAGGCAUUUCUGAUGAACUGAUAUCUGUGAAUUUCAGCAAUUGAAGUUGAACAUAUUUUAGCUUUUAAAAAUAGUGUUACAUGGAAAUUGGUC